GUUUUGGACAGUUGUCAGCUAGUUUUACUUUCAGUGCUGGUUGUUUAGUCUUGAGGUAAACACACACCUUAUUCUGUAGCUAUUGAUUGGAAUACUUAAAGCAAUUUAAAAAAAAAAUCUGACGUUUUAUAAAAAGUGACGUAGAAUUUUAAUUUUAUAUAUAUUUAGCAUAUCAAGUAUUUAGCUUUGUUUUUACUAAGAAAAAAUCCAAAAUGUUUUCCAAAUUAACCAGCAGAUUGGCACCCCGUAUCUGUGCUAACAAAGUUUCAACUGUCAGUGCCACCACCACCACCUCCAGCAGACAAUUGUCUUCACAAGAUGUUUUUGAACGUGAAAAUAAAUACGGUGCUCACAAUUAUCACCCCCUACCAGUGGCCUUAACUAAAGCUGAGGGCGUUUUUGUUUGGGAUGUUGAGGGUAAACGUUAUUAUGAUUAUUUAAGUGCUUAUUCGGCUGUCAAUCAGGGCCAUGGUCAUCCCAAAAUCGUUAAAGCUCUUGUUGAACAAGCCUCCAAAUUGGCCUUGACUUCACGUGCUUUCUAUUCUGAUGUCUUGGGAGAAUAUGAGGAAUACGUUACAAAACUUUUCAAAUAUGAAAAAGUAUUACCCAUGAAUACUGGUGUUGAAGGUGGUGAAACCGCCUGUAAAUUAGCCAGGAAAUGGGCCUACACCAAGAAGAACAUUCCAAAGAACCAGGCUAAGAUCGUCUUUGCCGAAAACAAUUUCUGGGGCAGAACUCUAUCAGCUGUAUCAGCUUCCACCGAUCCCAGCAGUUUUGAAGGUUUUGGACCAUUCAUGCCUGGUUUUGAAAUUAUCAAGUACAAUGAUACCCAAGAAUUAGAGAAAGCUCUGCAAGAUCCCAAUGUUUGUGCCUUCAUGGUAGAACCUAUUCAAGGUGAAGCUGGUGUUGUCGUCCCUGAUGAGGGUUACUUGAAAAAGGUACGUGAACUUUGCACCAAAUACAAUGUUCUCUGGAUUGCCGAUGAAGUACAAACCGGUUUGGCUCGUACUGGCCGCAUGUUGGCUGUCGAUCAUGAGGAAGUUAAGCCCGAUAUUUUGAUUUUGGGUAAAGCUUUGUCUGGUGGCAUGUACCCCGUCUCUGCUGUUUUGUGUAAUGAUGACAUUAUGUUGUGCAUUAAGCCCGGUGAGCAUGGUUCGACUUAUGGUGGCAAUCCUUUGGGUUGCAAAGUUGCCAUGGCUGCUUUAGAAGUUUUGCAAGAAGAAAAAUUGGCUGAAAAUGCCGAUAAAAUGGGUACUCUUUUGAGAAAGGAAUUGUCUCAAUUGCCCAAGGAUGUUGUAUCCGUAGUCAGAGGCAAGGGUCUUUUGAAUGCCAUCGUUAUUAGCUCAAAACAUGAUGCCUGGGAUGUUUGCUUGAAAUUGAAGGAAAACGGUUUAUUGGCCAAGCCUACACACGGUGAUAUUAUUCGUUUUGCCCCUCCCUUGGUCAUCAAUGAAGCCCAAAUGAUGGAAAGUGUUGAUAUUAUCAAGAAAACCAUUUUAUCUAUGUAAAGUCUGAAUAACUGUUCUUUUUGUACCCAAAAGCAUUUAAAGAAAACCAAAUAGAAUUUUAAGUUAAAUCUGUA